AUCAAUGUGUUCGUCUCUGUUCUGUUGAUAGGAUAGCGUCUUUCUUGUUUCUACAUGAUACAUGGACGUCUUCUCUCUCUUUCUCUCUCUCUCGCUUCCGUCUACUAUACUACUACAGGCAGACAGAUACCACCGCACCACCGCACCACCACCGAGCCCAGGACAACAAAAGCAAAAAAAGCAAAAAAGCAAAACGCAAGUCCACUCCGCUUCGCUUCACAAUCGCAGUCGCAGUCAAGCGCGCAUUGGUCAUUGGUCGUUGCUCGUCGGUCAUGCAGCACGGCACGCCCUCGUACAAUACUCCUACAGCUCCGGCUCCAGCUCUAGCUCUAGCUCCACUCUUCGGUCUCUCCGCUUGCUAAGCAGCAGCAACAGCGGAAGAGGGUUCGCGCCGAGUUGCCCUCCUCUCCCCCCUUCCUCCUCCUUCUCCUUUUCCUCCUUCUCCGCCGCCGCUACUGCGCUCUUUCAUGCGUAGCGUAACAUAACGUACGAGACAACUCUCUCUCCACUCUUUCGUCCAUGCUGCCGUUGCGGCUGAUACGUGGACGAUACUUUUGGCGUCGGACCCUCUACACCGUACACCCUACUACCUACAAAGGCUCCUCCGCGCCUUACAGCUUCGCCUCCUCCUUCAAGCUGCCGAUCUUGAACUUGGGCUGGUACUUUUUCAGCACGCUCUCGUUGUGGUACUGGUGGGGG